AUGACCCGAUGCAUGCCGCGUGGCUGGCACGGCCCGUUUAAAUCGUGUCGUGCCGUUUUGACGGGCCGGCGGACCGGCCUGUUUAGCCCGGCCCGUUUGGCCAGGUAUACAUCCAGCACCCACUGCUCACUAGGCCACUACCACAAGGGACAGGCCCCUCGGGAAGCCAAAACAUCAAAGAGCCGUCAGUUGUCAGCAGUCCACUGCUACACUCCUGCGAGCGGAAGCGUGCGAAAACAAACAGGACGCCGGCCGGCCGGCACGAGCGGCGACGCCAUGCCUUCCUCCUCGUCCUCCCUCGAGCCGGACCACGGCGCCGCCCUCCGGAGGCAAGGCGACACCGAGGGCGUCGUCUCCUUCCUGCGAACGCAGCACGACGUUGACGCGGUGUGCGAGAAGUACGGCGUCCCCAAGGACCGGUACCCCGCGCGCCCCGCCGGCGACCUGCGCGCGAGCUCGCCCCCGCCGGCGGGAUGCGUCUGCGUGUACGCGGACGCGCUGGAGGCCGGGAUGCGCUUCCCGCUGCACGGCUUCUUCUGCGACGUGCUCGCCCAUUUCGGCAUCGCGCCGACCCAGCUCGCGCCCAACGGGUGGCGCAUCAUGGCGGGCUUCCUGGUGCUCUGCCACUCCGCCGGCGUGCCGCUGUCGCUUCCCGUGUUCCGGUACUUCUUCCUGCUGUCCGCCCUCAGCCACAAGCACAAGGGGUGCUACUUUUUCCGAUCCAGGGACGACUCCGGCCUGCGCUUCAAGGGGAUGCCUAACUACAUCAAGGACUGGAAGAAGUCGUUCUUCUUCCUGUCGUCGCCGGAGCCGUGGCCUUUCCCCGUGGAGUGGGGCGAGCCGUCCAAGAGCUCUUUCAAGGAGCCGGUGCUUAACAGCGAGGGGAAGAAACACGCGGCGAAGCUACUGCGCACUUACGCUGGCGCCGCUGUUGACAUCGACACAUGCCUCUCCGACAGCAACCUUGCAGCCGCCAUGGCAUCUGCCGCUUCUCCGCCGCCGCCUUCUUUUACUCGCAUUUCUACCGAUUCCAAAGGCAUGGACCCCUCCGUCUACGAGAUGAUGAAGAAUAUGCUGGCGAAGAAGGCGGCCGCUCAGGCGUCGGAGUCGGGGAAGAAGGUGAAAGCCGAAGCGCCGGGCAGCCGCGCAACAGGGUCGCCGCCAUUGUGCGCAAAGAAGAGGAAUCUGGAGGGAGCCACAAGCGAGGAGGCCCCGCCUCGUUCCCUUCUGAACAAGCCGCUGUCCGGCAUGUCUUCGCCACCGCCCGGUUUUCCCAUCAGCCACGACGGAGACGGCACGGACUGGGAGGCUGCACGGGAGCUGCUGCAGGGAGCCGUGGCGCCGCCGCAGCACCGCGUGUUUGCGGCGAGCGAGCCGUCGGAUGUCGUCGCGUCGAGCUAUGUUACGAUUCUCCAGGCGGCGAACUACGUGUCGUCCUCCUUAGGCUACGCGCUGGAGCUGGAAGAGAAGCUAGCGGCGCGGGACGCGGAGGUUGCGGCGCUAGAGAAGCAGCUGUCGGAGUCGAAGAGAGAACUCGCCGCGGCGAGGGCGGAGCGGGACGGUGCGAGAGGUGCGCGGGCGGCGGCUCGCGGAGCACGCGCUGGAGCGCGGGAAGAGCGGUAGGAGAGCGGCACGGAGGACAUGAGCCUACUAGACUCGUUGUCUCAUGCACAAAGAAAAAAUGAACUGUUAGAAUGGCGACCCAAGUUUCUUAAUUUCGUAAAGUCUCGGUUGUUGAAUUUCAGCCUUGUGAAAUACUCAUUCAGCUUGACGAACUUUCUUCAGAUCAAAGUCUAGUAUACCUGAA